UUAAAGCUGGAAGCCAAUUCGGGCCUCUUCACGUCCGCAUAAGGGUUUUGAAGCUUCUAGAAUCCCACAUUUUCGUCCCCUCAGAGGUUUUCCGCCGGAGCCGCUUUCGCCCUCCAUCGUUUCAGCCAUGGGGAGAAGUGUGAUGAUCCCCGAUUUGUACAAAUGAAAGGCCUCUCUCAGUCUGGACGCCAAAGCAAAGAACCCGACAACGAGUCUCCAAACCCCUCAAAAAUCAGUUUUAGGUUUUGGACGGAGAAGUCACUCUUUGUUGAGCCCUAGCUCUAGCUCCAGCGAUGGUGGAGAAAGGAGACAAGAAUUUCUCCUCGGACAAAGGGAAGACUGCUUCAAAAUUGGCGGCAUCAAAAGAAGAAUCCCUGAAGGGAAAGGACAGUGCUCCUGUGAAUAAGACAAGGCAUAUCCAAGUAGACUCCUCAGAUUCUGAAUAUGAAGGUUUUGUUGAUGAAAGAAGUCCAGCUUCAGCAAAGGCAAGUGGAAAGGCAUCAUCUGACCUGAAAUCUGGCAAAAAGAAGGUCUCAUUCGAAAGCCUGAAAACAGGAAGGAAGACUUCAUUCGAGACCCCAGCUGCUAAAGGGGAUUGGGGCAAAGGAGGAAAGGAUUUUAAUGCAGGCAAGGCCGGGGGAAAGGGCAGCUUACCACAAGCAACAGCCGUAAAGCCUCGCCUAACAGAAAUCGAACUGAAACUUGAACUAGAACUUCCCAAGAAUGCCAGAUUGUUGAUGGACUGUGAAGCAGCAGAAAUUUUACAAGAAAUUGAGGAGCACAAGACCAUCUUAUCGGAAGACCCAAAAGUUAAAUUUCCAGAGUCAUUUAACAAAGUAUUGCAGUAUACCAAAUUUGGUGGCCAUUAUAUUAAUAGCCAGUCUGCGAGAAAAGUCCUAGAGACUCUCAAAAUAAAUGGGGUCAAUGAUGGCGAGAUAUGUAUGAUUGGAAACAUUUGUCCAGAGACUGUUGAGGAGGUUUAUGCUCUUUUACCAUCCUUGAAGGCGAACAAACAUAAGAAUGAAGGACCAAUCAGAGAGGUGCUAGCUAGUCUUGCGAAGGUCAAAAGUUCCAAGUAAAUCCUCUUCAAGGCAUGCACAAAUCCACUGUAAGCUUUUUUUACUUAAAAAUUAAUCAGUGUUGUUUCUUGCUAUUCAAGCUUACUUUUCUAGUCAAAUGAGGAUCUGGUCCAAAUCCUAUCUCGUAGUAGCACGGUAUAUGAUCGAGCCCAGUAUUUAAUUAUCUGCAAUAAAAUAUGCUUGCAAGAACUGAAUAAAUAUGAUACAGUUUUUGAACUGAAUGUGGGGCGAAAAAGGGAAAAGAAGAGAUCUAUUGCAUGCAUUUGGAAGUUAUUAAAUCAAUAGGUAUAUCUUUUUCUUUAAGAGGUUUUGAAUAUCAUAGGGUAUAGGUAGGUGCUUGUAUGGUUAAAUGGAUUUUGUUUCUUUUUUCAUGGUGCAAGUGCUCUUGAAUUUGUCCUUCUGAUACCCCAGCCCUUCGGGCCAUUUGCAACUAUUUCCUUCUCUCGCACCUGGUCCUGCAGUCUCUUUGUUUUUCAAUGACGUUUGUUCAUCAGCUAUGACUCUAUACAGGAUUUAGCUGAAACAUGAUGAUCAGCAGGAGUCAAGCCGAGCAAUCAAAGUGCACAGUGGAGACAAUGGACAUUUUUGUCUUUUGAAUUGGAAAUUUUGUACAUAUGGGAAUUUCAGUGAGAAUGGUAGGUUUUUCUUUAAAUCUAAGUCUGGUGGUUUUGGAGAUGGUACUUUUCUGGGAGUUGUGCAUAUUCUGUUUUAUGUAGCUUUUCACGCUUAUCGUGGUUCAACUUCAAGAACUUGGAUUAAGAUGAAAUGGGUCAAAUUACCAGUUGUAGACUA